GUUCUUGCGUUGCUCUUGAAUCAGGCAAAAAAUGUCAGUAACGACGUCGGAGACUGAAUUUUACUGAAGAAUAAAAUUGUUAUAACCUUGGGAGAAAACCUAGACAAGGAAUCGUGACUUGGACGUAGUCGUCUUUUUUAUGGCGUGUGUCGUAUUUGUAAUCUGACUCGCCUUCCUUGUUUAGGUUUCUUUUAUUUCCAUCUCUUUGGUGUUUGUUUCCUUUUCUUUUCUUUUCUUUAUCCUCUGUUUUUGAUUUUUUUUUUUAGUUUUCCUCGAUUUGAGAAUAAUCUUGUAAAUCAGGAAAAUUUGAAUGAAAAGUGAAGCGUGUUAGACACAUAAUGUCUCUUCCUAUAGGUGAGAAAAUUCCAGACAUUCUGCCCUUAAGCGGGAUGCUUGUUUAUUUCCCCGCUUUUCUAGUAACAAAGUGCGAAACACCUGUCAGGAUAGCCCGUUCUGGGCGUUCAGCUAGUUAGCGAGCUGCGCGAAAACGAUCGAAAGACAAUAAAAGGGAAAGAGUACUGCGCCAUGUUGUCUCUCUCACCGUUUCUCGCGCCAACCUAACUGACCGGAAGUCGCCUAUAUGCCUUAGAGUUGGGACAACAAUUAUUUUCAUUGUGUUCAUUUCUCGUUUUUUUUUUUUCUUUCCUGCGAUAGUUUGCCGCCGGUUUUCCGCUCGGAAAUCGUCUGUUUAAUGUCGCUUUUUCCUUUUUUACCUCAGUGAACUUUUACCUUCACCUUGCCGCUUUUACCUCGAUCAAUUUUACACAAAACGUUCGUGCCAAGAAUUCUAAUGCCCAGAGCCGACGGAUUAAAGUUCCGCAAUAUUACUCAAAAGAUGCGAAUAGUCCUUGAAAUUGAUUGAAUUAAAAUUUUUGUGAACGGUGGUUAAUUAUAAGAGAGUUUUCAAAAACGUUCAAAAAUAGUGCACAUAUUUUGGGAGAAUUUGUGACGUUAUCAACCUACAUUUUUUGCUUUUUAUAAAGAUGGUUUUAAUAAAAAGGUGCUCGCAACUUAAAGCAACUUUUUGGAAAAUUUUAACGAUAGAAGUGAUAACUUACCAUUUUUUGUUGACCUUUGGACUAUGCGAGAACGGCUUUUUAAUGAAAUUAAGGGCAUACGUCUAUCCUCUCAUUUAUCUCUUUGAAUGUCUUCCAAAUCGCUCUAAAUGUGUCAAGACCGACCACCCAAGGUGAACGGAUUUAGCUGAAAUUCUGUCUUCUUGCCAUGUUUAAGGCCGUGUUCGGGAUGACUUGUAGCAAAUGUUAUGUCGCAAAAUCGCUAACUAUUUCUUUUUCACGUGGAAUUUUCAUGAAUGUGGUCAGUUUCGUUCAGAAAUUGGCCGUCUAAACCGCAAAAUGACAUAGUCUUCAUUCUAAGUCAAACCCUUUUCCGUCGUACUUUCCAGCCUUUUUACGAUUAAUGACGGAAUAAUUGUCCAAAAACAAAACAUUUCCUUCUCAAAACAAAAGAUUCCGAAAUUUUGUAGGUGGAGCGCUGGGGGUUACAAAUCAGGAAGGAAAUAGGCCCUUCUCUUCCAUGUCUUGGACGUAGUUUUGUUUUGAAAUUUCAACUCGAGGAGUCCUGUUGCGGAAACUUCGAUGUAUACAGCAUUACAAGUUUGAUCUGUGGUCGAAUUUCCGGAAGGGGCGGUUUUAGGAAAUUGGUAAAUCUAUCCAUUUAACUGUAUCACUUGUAAACGGCGUGUACAUGCAUGCUAUAUAGCUUAUUUAAGAACCUGAAACCCCCUCUGACUUGCCAAAGCCAGUGAUACAACUGACACAGAAAACACUCAACGCCAGGCAUUUGUAGUGUUACCUCUGGAAGCGAACGGAACUUGAUGAAAUCGCCGAGUGAAAUGGCGUCUGUGGUGGUGAAACUCUUCUACGUUCUUAGCGCCUUCAGCAUCCAAGGCAACUUUGCGCAGGUGGGAAAUGGUUCGUCAGAAGCUUGGCAAAAGCGCGUCAGCACAACAGUAGCCUUACUGCAAAACAACCCAUGCAGGGCGCUCUCUAAAGGAUCUCAAUGCGAUUCCUCCACUUUCGCCAAUCUGGAUACGCGGACCGUGCGGUUGUACACGGCACAAGGCCAAAAAAAGUCAAAGCUGAGAGUCAUGCUAACGGAGGGAAAACGCCGGCGCCUGACAAAGCACUCCCACCGUAACGACACAUACGAUGCCGUCUUCGUCCUAGAUCCCUAUCCCGACGCAAACUUCGGCCAUAUUGUGUUCAUAUUUCUCGUAGAUUUCGACGUGAAUCAGACCGUCUGUAACAGGAGAUUGAAUGGAAUUCAUGUCUUCACUGGACGUGACGAAUGUAUUCGGAGGGCAGAGAAGAGGCAUUGUAGAAACUUGCUCCAUAUGCGAGUCAAAUGCGAAAUCAACUUCAUUCCCCUUGUUUAUUCGAAAGAAGAUGACACUCGAACACAGCUUCUUGAAUGCCAGCAUAGCCUUAAGAUGACGUCCUUUGCAAGCUGUGGCGUAAAAGAGCACUUCCCUCUACCUUGCAGCGACAACUCCGCGCACUGCUUGCUCGGGAAUGACGGAGCUCGCCCCGAACCUCCAAACCGCUGUACCUACGACAUGUGCGAUUAUGGAGUCUUGAUCUCAGGCGGUUGGGAUCCAUUCACAAGUCGGCCGCGCUACCGAAAUAACCUGCGCAAUGUUUGGAAAUUGCUGCAUUCAGUUAUGCGGUACAAGAAGGAGAAUAUCAUCACGUUCUUUGGGCAGGGCCAAAAGGAUGAACUUGCCCUUCAUCAAAGAGACAAGUCUUACGCAGUGAACAGCGCUAUAACGGCCAAAGAAUACAUCAAGAAGUUAUGUGGGUCAUCGCUGUGUGUCGAUACGGCCACGCUUUACUUGACCGGUCCCUCCAAGAGUGAUGGCUCUCUCCUGUUUUGGGACAACGGCAAUGGGCUCACAGACGACUCUGAACUUUACUCCCCUAGGGAGCUCUUAGAGGACGUGAAAAACUGCUCGGCUAAGCGUCUGUUUAUCGUCGCCGACUACAGUUAUUCUGGUGCUAUGAUCAACAAAAUUAAGAGCAGAAUGGAACGGCAUCCCGCACUUUACCGGAAUCUCGUGGCCAUUUCGUCGACCUCGUGGAACCAAUCUUCUUGGCGGAGCGACUUCACAGAGGCUUUCGUCAAGCACAGUAAAGAAGGAAUGACUACAAAAUGUGUGACAGACGUUGUCGAGGAGAUUAAGAAACGGUUCCAAGCCUCUGGCUCUCAAUCUACUCCUCACUUUGAGACUGGGGUCAAUUUCAACGCAACUUACACGACGCUGAAUGGCAGAAGCUGCAAUGAGACAUGGCCCGAAGCUAAGGCCGCAAGUGCUUGCAGUUUAUUAACACGAGACCAGUGGGAUCCAAGAAAUCUCAAUCGAAACUGAGCGUGAUUGCUUCAAAUAGCUGUGAAUACGGUAUCAGGUGUCCAAGCUGAAAUCAAAUAGAGUAGAAACCACAGGACUUAGAUCGGACAUUUUUGUUUUACAUAUUUAUUACUUAUUUUUGAACAAACAAUUGACUUUAGAAUUUCUCGCUGGAGUACGUUUAGAGGGUAAUUUGCAUUAAAUGCGUCACUCGUACGUUGAACUUAGAGCAGAUAUGAUUUUUGUUUUCCUUGUUGAAAAUAUUUUGCCUCGGCGGGCUGAUAUCGAGAAUGGAGUCCUGAAUUGAUCAAGCGAAAUAGCGCAUUAUUUUUAGUGUCUCGUUCAGUAACACUAUAAUUUUUAAUGUAUAAAGUAGAAAGAGUUUACGUUUUAAAUGAUUUAUUACGGAAAAGUAGAGCAGAGACAUUUAGCAACGUUAAAUCUUGAACACAAGGAAAGUUUGUAGGUAGUAAAGUUAAGUAUAUAUUUAAACAAAGAGCUAAAUUUCAGCUAACCCGGGUAGAAGUUUUAUCAGUCAAAAACGAACCUUUUGUAAAAUACUUGCCACGACUUUGUUAACUUGCAAGCGGAAAGGCCUUCCAGUAGCCAAGAAAAUGAGCUGCCAAUGCGGAAAGAUUCAACUUGUGAGCUUACGGACAGUUCAGUCAGAGGUUAGUAAUUCCAUGGUAUGGAAUGGCGCUUUUCUGGCUCGCGUGGAAUGCUGUUCAAUGUACCUUUGGAAUAGCGCCGAUAUUCGUUUUGAAAUCUGCAGUGAUUUAUAUAUUGAGCUUUUUGGAGCAUGAAGAGAUAAAUAUUUGGGUGAUUAGUUGUAGGAAUGAAAAAGGCGGGGUAUUUGGAGAGGGUGUUUUAUUUUUUUUUAUUUUUUUUUAUUUUUGUCGCUGCGGAGUUUAAAUGUAACGAGGCUUUUUAUGGCCGAAAAAUAAAUAUUGCUCAGCUAUUCAAAACGCGCAAUUCGUCACAUAAUUGAAAACAAGUGAAGCAAUACUGGAGAAGUGCUGUAUAUGUAAGAUACCGGUUGAAUAGGUUAAACAGGGUAGUGGAUAUCACAGAUACCGCGUUUUUUCGGUCGUGAGACAGGUCACUUGUUCCCAGACGAGUUCAACUGUAGUGUACUUUAAACCACUUGUGCGCCAGACAACCAAGAAAAAGAAUAGCUUUGAACGUCUCAACUGGCGCCAAAUAUUGAUAACCUAAGGAACCGUGUAAAUAUCAGGAAUUAUUUUUUGUCGUCGGGCUCCAUUAUUCAGAGCCGCUUAGAUAUUCUCCCAAAACGGCGGUCGCCUUUAUCGGUUUGGGCGUGUUUGCCGGUGGUAUUGAAAUACAAUCUGUCCGACGGCCAUUAUACCCGAAAAUGGCGCAUAAUUUUCGUGUUACUUAUCGUAAACAAAUUGCCACACCCGUGUAGUUUCAGAACCUCUUUUGGUACAAAUCCUCGCCUCGAUCUCUGAGCUUUAUAAGCCUAUGUUUUAGAUAUUACUGCUGUAUCAGAGAAUGAUCUAGAACAAAAUAUUUGUCUUCCAUUUGGAGAUACUUGGUAAUACGUCUUUUUUUUUUUGAAACGACACAAUCGAUAAUACUAGUAAAGUAAGUGAAGUUCACAUAAAGAACACUACGAAGAGUCGCCAACUGACAAAGCGAGAACUGAACGUAAGAAGAGAAAAUGGCGUCGCGAGUUUCCUUCCUUCGAUCUCUCGUUUUCUUUUCGCCUCUCGCUUGAUAUUCCAUGUUGGGUUCGUGCUACUGUUCGGAGUGUAUGUAUCUCGGAGCGAUAAAAUAGAAAGUAAGCCAGUGUAAACAGUGUAAAUAUAUUAAAUAAUAAAUGUUUAGUUUGA